GCAACUUUCUAGUCCCUCAUGAACGAGAUUUUUAGGAGCUAUCUCCGAAAAUUCGUUUUGGUGUUUUUUGAUGACAUCCUGGUCUACAGCCGCACUAUCGAGGAACAUCGGGAUCAUCUUCGUAGGGUACUACAAGUGUUAAGGGACAAUCAGUUGUAUGCCAACCAAAAGAAGUGUCUAUUCGGGCAAACGGAGUUGGAAUAUCUAGGGCAUAUUGUAUCAGAAAAAGCGGUGUCAGCCGACGAAUCCAAGGUAGCGGCCAUGAGAGAAUGGCCCAGACCAAAAUCUAUUAGGGAGCUGAGAGGAUUCUUGGGACUCACAGGGUAUUACCGUCGAUUUGUGGAGUCAUAUGGAAGCAUUGCAUGGCCGUUAACACAACAAUUGAAGAAGAACAACUUUGGGUGGAAUGAAGAGGCAGAAGCAGCCUUCCUGAAAUUGAAAACUGCCAUGAUGACUGUACCGGUGUUGGGGCUGCCCAACUUCACACAACCAUUUAUUGUGGAAACCGACGCCUCCGGAUAUGGGAUAGGGGCAGUCCUUAUGCAAGAUCGUCGACCGAUCGCAUAUUUCAGCCAAGUGCUUCCCCAGAGGGCUCGGAGCAAAUCAAUUUAUGAACGGGAACUUAUGGCCAUUGUCAUGGCAAUUCAAAAGUGGAAGCACUACCUGUUGGAAGGAGAUUCAUCAUUCGAACCGACCAACGUAGCCUUAAAUUCUUAUUGGAGCAGCGAGAAGUGAAUCAGGAAUAUCAGAAAUGGCUUACUAAG